GUGUUCUUCACGACCGUCCUGCUCGAGCCUCCACCGGCUUUUGACCGAAACGAUGAGCCAACCUCGGCCGGACGAGUUUCAGCCUCCUCCAGAGUGCCCGGUCUUCGAGCCCAGCUGGGAAGAAUUCGCAGACCCUUAUGCUUUUAUUAAUAAGAUCCGUCCCAUCGCGGAGAAAACGGGCAUCUGCAAAGUCCGCCCGCCUCCGGGCUGGCAGCCUCCAUUUGCCUGUGAUGUUGACAGACUUCACUUUGUUCCUCGGAUCCAGAGGCUCAAUGAACUGGAGGCACAGACGAGAGUUAAGCUUAACUUCUUGGACCAGAUUGCCAAAUUUUGGGAUUUGCAGGGAUGUACCCUGAAGAUUCCACACGUGGAGAGAAAGAUUUUGGACCUUUACAAGCUUAAUAAGCUGGUAGCAGAAGAGGGUGGAUUUGACCUUGUGUGUCAGGAGAGGCGAUGGACCAAGAUCGCAGUACAAAUGGGCUUCUCCCCGGGCAAAGCUAUCGGCUCACACCUGCGAGGGCAUUACGAAAAAGUCCUCUAUCCCUUCAAUCUCUUUCAAAAUGGAGCCAACCUGCUGGCACCAGAGGCAGCUUCCAAACUGAUGGGUUUGGAGGUUUAUCCAGAACUUGAAGAGUGUGUUCAGAAGCCGCUCCAGUCAGCGGAGAGUAAAGUAAGGAUGGAGAGCGUGGACGCCAUGGUGCCGAAGCUGCAGGCCCAGACUCAAAGACCACCUGCCUUGACGAUGGACACUUACUCCAAUGCUCGCAGAGGCAAACGCAUGAAGUGUGAGGCUGUCUGUGUGAAGACUGAACCAGGAGAACCAGGAGAUAACCGGCCCAACCUGAGACGGAGGAUGGGUUCCUUUGUUGCCAAACCAGAACCAGAAAAAGAGAUUCCCAUUCCAGUAAAACAGGAACCAGUUGAAAUUAAAGAACCAAUUAUUGAAGCUGACAAAUUCAAAUCACGGUACAAGAAGUUCAUCCCGCCCCCAGUUCCUCCAAGUCCAGUGGAUCUGGUUGUGUGCCUGGUGUGUAGCAGUGGGGGAGAUGAGGAGCGCCUGUUGUUGUGUGACGGCUGUGAUGACAGCUAUCAUACUUUCUGCCUCAUCCCUCCUCUUAUUGACGUUCCCAAAGGAGACUGGAGGUGCCCCAAGUGUCUAGCACAAGAAUGCAGCAAACCUCUCGAGGCAUUUGGCUUUGAACAAGCCUUCAGAGACUAUUCCUUGCGUGCAUUUGGGCAAAUGGCAGAUGCUUUCAAAUCUGAUUACUUCAACAUGCCAGUUCAUAUGGUGCCCACAGAGCUGGUGGAGAAAGAGUUCUGGCGUUUGGUCGGAGCCAUUGAUGAGGAUGUUACCGUGGAAUACGGAGCAGAUAUUGCCUCAAAAGAGUUUGGGAGCGGAUUCCCAAUUCCAAAUGGGAAAUUUAAGGUUUCCCCUGCUGACGAGAAAUACCUCAAGUGUGGCUGGAACCUCAAUAACCUGGCGAUGAUGAAACCAUCUGUGCUGACUCAUGUGACUGCUGACAUCUGUGGGAUGACACUGCCAUGGCUCUAUGUUGGCAUGUGCUUCUCCUCCUUCUGCUGGCACAUCGAGGAUCACUGGAGUUACUCAAUCAACUACCUGCACUGGGGUGAACCCAAAACCUGGUACGGAGCUCCUGGCUUUGCAGCAGAGCAGCUGGAGGCAGUGAUGAAGAAACUGGCUCCAGAGCUGUUUGACUCUCAGCCAGACCUGCUGCACCAGCUGGUCACCAUCAUGAACCCCAACACCCUGAUGGCCCACGGAGUUCCAAUUUAUAGAACAAACCAGUGUGCUGGUGAGUUUGUCAUCACGUUUCCUAGAUCUUACCACAGUGGCUUCAACCAGGGCUUCAACUUUGCUGAGGCAGUCAACUUCUGCACCGUAGACUGGAUGCCUCUUGGCAGACAGUGUGUUGACCACUACCGUCAGCUGCACCGGUACAACGUGUUCUCCCACGAUGAGAUGGUGUGCAACAUGGCCUUAAAAGCAGACAAACUUGAUGUGGUGUUGGCCUCAGCCAUCCACAAGGACAUGGUCAUCAUGAUCCGUGGCGAGCGGGGAGUGAGAGAGAAAAUAGCGAAAAUGGGGGUAAUACAUGCCAAGCAGGCAAAAUAUGAUAACCUCCAGGACGACGAGCGGCAGUGUGCCAAGUGCAGAACCACCUGCUUCCUGUCUGCCAUCACAUGUCCCUGUAGAUCAGGAGUACUAGUCUGUCCACACCACAUCAACGACCUCUGCUCCUGCCCAGUCACCAGCUACACACUGAAUUACAGAUACACACUGGAAGAGCUGUUUCCCAUGAUGAAUGCAGUGAAGCAGCGGGCUGAGCUGUAUGAUGAAUGGGCCGCCCAUGUCUCAGAGACUCUGGAGGCUAAGCUAGAGAAAAAGAAAGGCCUGCCUGUCUUUCGCACACUUCUUGCAGAUUCAGAGGUCAAUAUGUUCCCUGAAAACGACCUGCUGCGUCGGCUGCGUCUGGUCACACAAGAUGCAGAGAAGUGCUCCUCGGUGUCACAGCAGCUAUUGAAUGGCAAGAGACAGACCAGGUAUCGGUGUGGAAGUGUGAAAUCACGGAGCCAGUUGACUGUGGAGGAGCUGAGUUCAUUUGUGAGGCAGUUGUAUAACCUCUGCUGCAGUCUUCCUCAGGCUCCCAAAUUAAAGGAACUCUUGAACCGCAUUGAGGACUUUCAGCAGCACAGCGAGAAGGUCCUGGCAGAGGAAGUUCCCAGUGUCACAGAGAUCCAGAGCCUGUUGGACAUUAGCUUCGAUUUUGACGUGGAGUUGCCCGAGCUUCCCCGCCUGAGAGUGCGGCUCGAGCAGGCGCGCUGGCUGGAGGCGGUGCGGCACGCCAACGCUCAGCCAGCCACCCUAACUCUGGAGACCAUGAGGAGGCUCAUCGAUCAGGGAGUCGGCCUGUCGCCUCAUCCGUCCGUAGAGAAAGCCAUGGCGUGUCUACAAGAGCUGCUCACCGUGUCCGAACACUGGGAGGACAAGGCGUGCAGCCUCCUAAAAGCCAGUCCACCACACUCCAUAGAGACUCUUAAUGCUGCUGCUGAGAAGGCGUCUGCUAUCCCUGCCUACCUCCCUAACUGUGUGAUCCUAAAGGACACCAUAAGAAAGGCCCAAGAGUGGCUUCAAGAAUCAGAGGAGCUUCAGGCCCCUGGCUGCGUUCUGCUGGUGGACCGACUAUCUGACAUGGUGCUACGAGGACAAGCCAUCCAAGUCCACCUGGAACCUUUAGACAGGCUGGAGUCUUUAAUGGUAGAAGUGCAGGAAUGGAAAGAAUCUACAGCUGCGGCUUUCCUUCUUAAAGACUCAGCUAGUACCGUGCUGGAGGUUCUGUCUCCAAGAUGUGGAAAUGGAAAUGCACGUUCUCCAAAGAGGAAGGCCAAGAAAAGCAAAGAAUCGCCUAAAAGUAACAAAAAGAAAAUGCCAGGACUCAGCACUGUCAGCGAUGUGGAAAAGGUGCUUUCAGAGUGCGAGGAUUCUACCUCUGCAAUGGCAACUCUGGAGGAGCUGUGCGUCAGGGAGAUGGAGGCUUUCUCUAAUCUCAGGGCAGCAAAUGAGUCAAAGCUCCUUCCCACAGCAGACUGCACGGACCUCAAGGUGUGUGUCUGUCAGAAGGCUCCCAUGGGGGCAAUGCUGCAGUGUGAACUCUGCCGGGACGCCUUCCACAGUGUGUGUGUCAGAGACACGUCCCACUCCUCCCACAUACAGCCCUGGCUCUGUCCGCAGUGCCGGCGAUCAGAAAACCCCCCCUUGAACAAAGUACUCUCCCUGCAAUCGUCUUUACGGGGCAUAGGAGUGCGCCUGCCGGAGGGCGACGCUCUGCACCAUGUGGCUGAGAGGACAAUUAACUGGCAGCACAGAGCUCAGCAGAUUUUAAAGACGUGUAACCUUUCAGAGCUGGAAGAGAGACCAGGAACUCCUCCCACUCUAACCCGCUGGGUAUCAGGCAGCCAUGAUACUCACGACAACACUCAGGCGCCCUCCUUAACUCCAGAGUGGAAUAGGACAGGCCACGCUGUCUUCUACACUGAGCAGAGAUGCAUACCGCUACAGGGCUUGAGCCAUGAGCUGGAGGAGCUGAUGGUGGAAGGGCUCCUGCUGCAGGUGGAGGUGCCAGAGGUGCAGAUUCUCUACCACACAUUACUGAACCGGGCUGUCAGCCAACAAAGUGACAGGUGCAUGUCCCCACCACAGGACGAGUCCUCAGACUGUGACAAACAAAUGCAGUUCAACUCUCAGGGAAAUAAUCUGCCAGUCAACCAGGACGGUGUCGAUGCCAUGAGGGAAAUAAGGCCAGACUCAGGAAAGAAGAUGAAGCGGCAUCUGGAGAGGGAAGGUUCAGACGCAGAGUGCAGGAGGAAGGAGAAAAAACACUCGCACAAAAGACAGAGGAUAAAUAAGAAGAACCCGCAACACAGACCGACCUCAACCUCGUCCUCCCCACGCUCUGACUUCUCCCAGUCCGAAGAGUCUGAUGAGGAAAUGGCCGUUUGUCCUGCAGAGAGGUGUCAACUGCCAGAGGGAGAUGAGGUGGACUGGGUCCAGUGCGACGGCAGCUGUAACCAGUGGUUUCACCAAGUCUGCGUCGGCGUCACGGCCGCGAUGGCGCAGAACGAGGACUACGUUUGCGUCAAGUGUACUCUGAGCGACGGACACAUGUGAGGACACAGAGAAAGCAGAGGUCUUUUCGCUGAAGACGUCUGUCUGUCUGUCUAUCCGUCCGUCCGUCCACCCGCCCGUCGUCAGCCCGUUUAUGGAGCCAUCAUUCUGGACGUGUCACUGAUCCUGUAUUUCCUCCCCCCCUCACCUGUUUGACCCUUUUGUAACAACGGUGCUAUCUCCUCUUUGACUUGUUGUCCACAACUAUAAUGUUUAGGGGUUGUUGUUUUUUUGUAUUUUUACAUAUAUUAUAUAACUAU